GACAUCAAGUAUCAACGUGUUACAAUCGAACUUUUUUUUACAUCUGUUACACUUUUAUUAUUAUUCAAUUUCACUAAUAAAAUUCAAUUUACUGAUAUUUUAAUUUUAUUUUCACCAAACAAUUUUUAUCAUGACGGAUACGCGAGAGGAAAAAAACUAUUUGGAAAAACCAUCGCUGCCGACUUAUGGUGGCAGCAUGGAACGUGAUCUUCACCAACGAGAUCGGGUUGGUGUUCAGGAUUUUGUGCUUCUUGAGGAUUUUCAAAAUGAGCAGGCUUUUAUUGAAAAUUUGAGAAAAAGAUUUCGGGAAAAUCUUAUUUAUACAUACAUCGGACAAGUAUUAGUAUCAGUGAACCCAUACAAAUGGCUACCGAUUUACGAUACCAGCACUAUCGAAUAUUAUGAGCGGAGAAAUUUUUUUGAAGCACCACCGCACAUAUUUGCGUUGGCUGAUACGGCUUAUCGCGCUUUGACGAAAGAAAAUCGGGACCAGUGUAUUUUGAUAUCAGGAGAAUCCGGUUCCGGCAAAACAGAAGCGUCUAAAAAGGUGCUGGAGUUUAUUGCCGCAGCAACUGGCCACAAAAAGCAAGUCGAGGCUGUUAAUGUUAAAUUGAUCGGCAGCAAUCCUGUGCUAGAGGCGUUUGGCAAUGCCAAAACCAACAGAAAUGACAAUUCCUCCCGAUUUGGAAAAUAUAUGGACAUACAAUUUGAUUUUCAAGGCGAUCCGGUGGGAGGAAACAUCUUAAACUACCUCCUCGAAAAAUCCCGCGUAAUCCACCAAUCCUCCGGCGAGCGAAACUUCCACAUCUUCUACCAACUGCUCGCAGGCGCCAGCGACUCCACCCUCCACAAACUCUUCCUAAAACGUAACCUGGACACCUAUUACUACCUAAGCAACGGCACAAAAGGCAGCGUGGACACAAUCGACGACGUCGCCCAAUACACCCGCGUAAUAGACGCAAUGAAAACGGUGGAACUAACCCAACAAGAGCAAGACGACAUCUUUUCAAUCGUAGCCUCAGUUUUACAUAUGGGCAACGUUGGCUUCACCGAAGAAGAAAGUCAAGCUAAAAUCCUCAAGCCCGCUUCAGUAGAAGCGAUCGCCUCCCUAGUCGGCUGCGAUGUCCACCAACUCGCCAAAGCAUUCACCCAGCGCACCAUAAACGCCCAAGGGGACGUAGUAAUCUCUCCCCUAAACCGCGAAUUAGCAAUCUACGCCCGGGACGCUCUCGCUAAAGCAGUCUACGACCGUCUGUUCACCUGGCUAGUCGCUCGUCUUAACAAAUCCCUUCAAUUCGAUCCUAAUUCUCCUUCCAGGACCAACGUGAUCGGAAUUCUGGACAUCUACGGCUUUGAAAUCUUCCAAAAAAACAGCUUCGAACAAUUCUGCAUAAAUUACUGCAACGAGAAGCUCCAACAAUUGUUCAUACAAUUAACCUUACGUAGUGAGCAGGAGGAGUAUCAGCGCGAAGGAAUCACCUGGGAGCACAUAGAUUAUUUUAACAACAAAGUAAUCUGCGAUUUAAUUGAAGAAAAGUACAAGGGAAUUAUUUCCCUAAUGGACGAAGAGUGUCUCCGUCCCGGAGAGCCAACGGACCUUAGCUUCUUAGAUAAAUUAAACUCCAAUCUAAGCAAUCAUAAUCAUUACAUCAGCCACCAGAAGGCAGAUAUUCAAACUCAGAAGAUUAUGGGGAGAGAUGAGUUCAGAUUAAUCCACUACGCCGGCAAUGUAACUUACAACGUCCGCGGAUUUUUGGAGAAAAACAAUGAUUUGCUCUUCAGAGACCUUAGAGAGGUCAUGUCGCAUACUAAUAAUUCAAUUACAAGGACUGUUUUUGAUGUUAAAGAUUUGAAGAGUAAAAAAAGACCAGAUACUGCUGUUACUCAAUUCAAAAAUAGUCUGAAUAAUUUAGUGGAUAUUUUGAUGGGAAAAGAGCCGUCUUAUAUUAGAUGUAUUAAACCGAAUGAUUUUAAAAUCUCGGGGCAGUUUAAUGAAAAAAUUGUCUCGCAUCAGGUUAAAUAUUUGGGACUUAUGGAGAAUUUAAGGGUCAGAAGAGCUGGAUUUGCUUAUAGGAGACCUUAUGAGCAGUUUUUGCAGAGGUACAAGUCGCUUUGUGAUAAAACUUGGCCGAGUUUUGGAGGAGGUGCUAAGGAAGGUGUUCAAAUUUUAGUGGACAGUUUGGGAUAUGAAGACAAUGAGUACCAAAUGGGGAAUACUAAAUUGUUCAUUAGAUUCCCGAAGACUUUGUUUGAUACCGAGGAUAAUUUUCAGAGGAAAAAAAAUGACAUUGCGGCGAUUAUUCAGAGCAAGUGGAAGGGAAGAAAGCAGAGGAGGGAAUUUUUGAGGAUGAAAAAAGCUGCAAUUGUUCUCGAGAAGUAUGUUAGAAGGUGGAGGGCUAAAAGAGAGGCUAAAAGAAGACGGGAAGCUGUAGAGACUCUGAGGAGGUUUAUUAAAGGGUUUAUUACCAGGAAUGACCCGCCGAAUGAUGUAAAUGUCGCUUUUAUUGAACUGGCCAAGGCGCAGUGGUUGGUUAGGCUUAGUAAAAGUCUCCCGGAGGGGGUGCUUAAUAAUUACUGGCCGGCUUGUCCUCAUGCUUGUAAGGAAGCUUCGGAGUAUUUGAGGGAAGUGCAUAGAGUGUGGAAGGCCAGGAAGUAUUGCCUGGGGUUGAGCAAGGAGGACAAGGAGCAGUUUGAGAUGAAGGUACUUGCGGAGAAGUUGUUUAUGGAUAAGAAGAAGUCUUAUUUGAAGAGUGUCGGGCCGAGGUUUUUGAACGAGAGGCUUGGGGAGGAGUUCAGGGGGGUUAAGCAGAGUUUUAGGGGGAUUGUGGGGGAGGAGAGGGUUGAGUAUGCUACUCCGGUGGUUAAGUAUGAUCGCCAUGGGUAUAAGCCGAGGGAGAGGAUUUUGGUUCUGACGGAAAAGGCGGUUUAUAUUUUGGAUACUGCCAAGAGUUUUAAGCUUAAACAUAGACUGCCUUAUGAGAAUAUUCUGGAGCUGGUUGUUACUGGGGAGUCUGAUAAUUUGAUGAUUGUUAGGAUUCCGCCGGAACUUAAAAAGGAUAAGGGUGAUUUAAUUCUUGAGGUACCACAUAUUAUUGAGGCUAUCACACGAGCUAUUAGUAUUACCAAUAAUCCAAGGAUACUAAAUAUUGUUAAUAAAGAAACAGUCUCGCAUAAGCUAGUCAGUGGAAAAGAAGGUACAAUAGAAUUCAGAAGAGGAAAUACACCCGCAAUUACUAAAAAUCGACAAAGUGGUCAUUUAUUAGUGGUUGCUUCACCAUAAUUGAUGAAAAAAAACUAUAAACAUCAAGCUGCCUCAUAUAUGUGAUUGAAACAAUAAAUAAUAUAUGCCUUUUUUUAAGUUUUAAUAUUUCUAUCAAUUUAUUACUAUUAUAUUAUUUUUAUUAAUAUCAAAUGAUGAAU